UCUUUCUUGGAUGCCUGCUAUUCUUCAGUUGUCACCCCAAAAAUGUUGGUCAAUUUCCUCGCAGAGAAUAAAGCCAUUUCCUAUGCUGGAUGUGCAGCCCAGAUGCUUCUCUUUGUUACCUUUGGGACCACAGAAUGCUUUCUCUUGGCCGCAAUGGCCUAUGACCGCUAUGUAGCAAUCUACAACCCGCUCCUGUACUCCGUGAUCAUGUCACCCAGAGUCUAUGUGCCACUCAUCAUUGGUUCCUAUGUGGGUGGCAUUUUGCAUGCUUCUGUCCACACAGUGGCCACCUUCAGCCUGUCCUUCUGUGCAUCCAAUGUAAUUAGACAUGUCUUUUGUGACAUCCCUCCUCUCCUCGCCAUUUCUUGUUCUGACACUCACACAAAUCAGCUCCUGCUCUUCUACUUGGUGGCUUCUAUUGAGAUGGUCACAAUCUUGAUAGUUCUGACCUCCUAUGGAUUCAUUCUGUUGACCAUUCUGAAGAUUCAUUCUGCUGAAAGGAGGCGAAAAGUCUUUUCUACAUGUGGCUCUCACCUAACUGGAGUGACAAUUUAUUAUGGAACCAUCCUUUUCAUGUAUAUGAGACCAAGUUCUAGCUAU